CACCGCCGCGUGAGACGGAGACGCCCCUUUCUCCGCCGCUGGCAGCCCCCUGAAGAGCGCCGUGGCGUUCCCGCGGCCGGCUGGCGGAGCGCCGUAGAGUCGCCCCUCGGGGAAGUCGCCGCCGCCGCCGCCGCCCCGCAUGGAGUACCUCACCACCUUCACGGGCAAGAGCGGGCGCCUGCUGAGGGGCACCGCCAACCGCUUGUGGGGCGCCGUGCCCGGAGCCGGGAGCCUUCGCCAGGUCCGCUUCGAGGACUCCAUACAUGAGGGGGAGCCCCCGCUAGAUACUGGUCAGAAGAAAAACCUAGACAAGAAAGAUGGGAGACGAAUGUCUUUUCAGAAGCCUAAAGGAACUAUAGAAUACACAGUUGAAUCACGAGAUUCUCUGAAUACUGUUGCCUUGAAGUUUGAUACAACUCCUAAUGAACUGGUUCAGUUAAACAAGCUGUUUUCCAGAGCAGUUGUUCCUGGACAGAUUUUAUAUGUUCCUGAUCCAGAAUAUGUUUCCAGUGUGGAGAGUUCUCCUUCACUUAGUCCCAUAAGUCCUUUAUCACCCACUUCUUCAGAAGCAGAGGCUGAGAAGACAACAGUAAGUGAUUCAGAUGGGGUGCAUUGUAAAGAAGCAACAGCCACAUCAAACAUAUUUGUUCGGCCCACAAGAGUGGUGUCAUCUACAUCAGAGGAGGAAGAAGCUUUUACAGAAAAAUUUCUCAAAAUUAAUUGCAAAUACAUAACUAACAGCAAGGGGACAGUCAACGGUGUGCUGCUGGUGACACCAAAUAAUAUAAUGUUUGAUCCACAUAAAACUGAUCCAUUGGUUCAAGAGAACGGCUGUGAAGACUAUGGCAUCAUGUGUCCAAUGGAAGAAGUGAUGUCAGCGGCUAUGUAUAAAGAUAUUGCAGAUGGCAAAAUAAAGAAUUCAUUAUCCAUUAAUGUAGAUCAGUUAUCCGUAAAAGAUCUUUGCCACUUCAAGAAAAUCACAAGAAGCAAUACUGAUGAAAUAGAUGUAAGGAUGCGAGAUACAGGGAAUGACAGUGGCAGCACUGCUCCAAGAAGCACAGAAGAAUCUCUUUCAGAAGAUGUGUUUACCGAAUCAGAACUUUCUCCAAUACGGGAGGAGCUUGUUUCAUCUGAUGAGCUUCGGCAAGAUAAAUCUUCUGGAGCUUCAUUGGAAUCUGUCCAGACAGUAAACCAGUUUGUCACAGUUAAUUCAGACUCGGCUAAUGUUCUUGCUGAUGCAAACUCCAGUGUAGAACAGCCUUUGAAUGAUGACAGAAGGUCUGUUAGUGAUACUGUUGGUUCAGAAGGAGCAGAGACAGCACUAAAAGAAGUUCAAGACACUGUAGGAGAAGCUACUGCUGAUGCUCAAACACAACAUGGCACAAAUCGAAAUGUUAGCACAGAUCAGGAACCUGUGACAAAAAAUAUGCCAGAAGGCCAGGAGUGUUUGCAUUCUGAAGAAAAUGAUUCUAAAAGUGAGAUUACAAAUAAGGGAAAACUUGUGAAACAGUCAACUCAAGAUUCUGAGACAGAUAUUGAGACGCUGCGAAAAAUGUGGAAGAGCCAUACUAUGCAACAAACCAAACAACAAAGGGAUAAUAUGCAUCAAGAUACACAUAUUGAAAUGAAGCACAAAGUAGCAAGAGCAGAUGGAACAAUAGAAGGUUCUCUGAUGAAAGAGAAGAGAAGACAUCGAUUACACAAGUUUUUGUGUCUGAGAGUUGGCAAGCCAAUGCGAAAAACAUUUGUAUCACAAGCAAGUGCAUCAAUGCAGCAGUAUGCACAAAGAGACAAGAAGCAUGAGUAUUGGUUCGCUGUGCCACCAGACAGGACUGAACAUCUGUAUGCAUUUUUUGUUCAGUGGAGUCCAGAAAUAUAUGCGGAAGAUACUGGAGAAAUGAGCAGAGAGCCUGGCUUUAUCGUAGUUAAAAAAAUUGAAUUGGAAACUGGUGAGGAUUUGGCUACUGAAUCAACUGCUAAGGAAUGGGAGGUAGUGUCAGUGGCUGAGUAUCACCGCAGGAUCGAUGCUCUAAAUAGUGAAGAACUACGCACACUCUGCAGACGUCUCAAGAUUACCACAAGGGAAGAUACACAUUCAAAGCAGGCAACAACUAUCAAGACCGAGCUGGAGCCUGAAGCAUUUCGGCCAAAUCUUAGUGAACCCAGUGAAUUGCUGCAAGUAGAGCAAAUAGAAAAGUUAACAAAACACCUUCCACCUCGGACUAUUGGGUAUCCAUGGACCCUUGUCUACAGUACUGCAAAGCAUGGCAUGAGCUUAAAGACUUUGUACAGAACCAUGAUGGGGUUGGACACUCCAGUGCUAAUGGUUAUCAAGGACAGCGAUGGGCAGAUCUUUGGUGCAUUAGCAUCAGAGCCCUUUAAAGUGAGUGAUGGCUUUUAUGGCACUGGAGAAACCUUUCUUUUUACUUUCUGUCCAGAUUUUGAGAUCUUUAAGUGGACUGGAGACAAUAUGUUUUUUCUUAAAGGAGACAUGGAUGCCCUAGCUUUUGGUGGUGGAGGGGGUGAAUUUGCACUGUGGCUGGAUGGUGAUCUCUACCAUGGAAGAAGUCAUUCUUGUAAAACAUUUGGAAAUCACACUCUUUCUAAGAAAGAAGACUUCAUUAUACAAGACAUUGAAAUUUGGGGCUUUGAAUAAAUAUUAACUGCUACUACAAAAGGUUGUCCCAAACCUGACACUGAUCAGUUCAGCUCAGAAAGCCCUUGAAGCAAUAUAAUGCAGCAUACUUUCAAAUGCCUUUUCAAAAUUCUCUACAUGGCCAUCUAAAUACCUUUUACAUAAAACUGCGGUAUUGGAAUGGGAGGUGCCUGUUUAUGUUCUUGUUCAUAUUUUGAAAGUUGUAGCAUUCUCAUCAUAUUCAAAAAUUUGCAUUGUGGAGUUCUCAGUUGCCAUGUGGCUCACACUCCUCUUGUUCCCCCUUAAACCCACUCCAACAAUUUCUCACACUUCCUUUUUGGUUACUUCAUUUGGACAACAUUUAAAUCACACAGAUCCUGAUGGAGCAUUUGCCUAAAUAGAGGACAAAUGGAGAUUUGAGAAUGUGUUAGCAAUGAUUAGUUUGUGCUGUUCCUACCAGUCAUAUAGUGCCACUUACUAGAAAAAAGUAUUCAUCCCCAGUCAGUGGUGCUGUUUCUUUGUUCACAUGUAGAGAAUUCAUCUGUUGUGUUUUACAGUCCAACCUUGGCUGCCCUAUUGAUUGUAUUGAAAUAUUUUGCACAUGCUGUUAAAUGAUCUUCAGGCUUGGGACAAAUGUUGGGCAAGGACUGAGCUACGUGGUCAAGAUAUAUAGCAAUGGGAAACUGGACAAAGCACGCCUAAUACAGUGGGUAAUAUAUAGCUAUAGCAGGGCAUUAUAUGUACUGAGACUAUGAAACAGAUGCAUUUUUUCCAAACAGCGUAAGAAGUGUCUGAUAUAUAUACUGUUUUAUAGUUCUUCUGUUGUAGCCUUGUAGCACAUCAUCUCCAAGAAUUGCUCCUGCCCACAAGAGAAAAAAUAUAGGUGUGGUGUUUUCUCUUCUUUUGAGUGGAUCUAUGUUGUAAACUGCAGUUAGCACCAGCUCUGAUGCAAUGGGGUAAUGUACUGUAGAUAGACAUCGUAACUCAGUAGAUGUGUAAUAUGCAAACUUACUGUUAUGUGACCUCAAAACAAAAGCAACAAAAAGUCCAGCUAAAAUAUAGUAAAUCAGUAGCUCUUGUCCACUUUUUUUAGGAAAACUGAAAAGCCAUUGUGGCAAUAAUCAUUCAAAAGUUUGUUUCAAAGCUUCUAUUCUAUGUUUAUGCAAAACAAAAACAGAAUUAAAAAUGCUGUUAAGUGUGACAGUGAAUGACUUUGUGCUGGAAUCUCAGCUAUUCCAGUUGAAUAUUGUAUAUAUUAACUUGUAAAUUAAUGUUUAAAAGUAGUUUUUGUUAUUUUAGAGAGGAAAAAGUGUUGAUUGACGGGUUGCUUCUAGCACUUUAAAUUAUUCUAGAAAUGGAAUAAAAAGCCAAAGGGUUUGGCUUAAAUAAUUAGCUAUAGUUGUAUAGUAUGUUGCGAAUACCAAGUUGUUUCAGAAGUUUGACAUUUAUCAGAAGAAUGCUUACUGCUGUGGUAAGGGAAAAGGGGAGGCUCUAUCUCUAUAUAACAUGUUCAUGCUUCAUAUGGCUAAAUAUACAGGGCAUCAUUUUCUGUCUCAAUGUAUAGCUCUUUAUUCCUAUUAGAACAGUACAGUAUAUGUAGAUUCAGUGUUUACAAACAAAAGAAACUGUAAAUAAAUUAAAAUGGCUUUUUCCCCUUUGGUUUUCCACAGCAGUAUUAAUGUCUUUGUGCAUUUAAGACUAAUUAUAAACAAUCCUGUAAUGGAUUUUAAGUACUAUAAAGUAAUAGUGAUAUAUAGCAAAUAAAUCUAAAUACAUGUAA